CAACUGUCAAGUUGGCAUUACACUAUCAUAGAAAUAAUCAAUACGGUCGACUACCUACCUACUUGAGUUUUUAAUUAUUCUUGUGCAAUUUUCGGAACGAUUAAGUGUACGGCUGUUCUUAUUAAAUUCUACCAUAUACCGCUGAGGAAGCAGCAUUUAUGGAAAACUUAGACGGAGGAGACAUCGAUGCCGGUGAAAAUAUGAGGCGCACAGACAGAAAUUCUGAAACAGCCAGAUUAGUUAGUUCUGGUCCUAACACACGACCAAGCUAUUUAAAUAUGUUGUCGAACGCAUGUGGUAUAAUAUUUCUUUGCAUAAUAAUUUACUGUAGUUUCAAUAAAGGUGUUUCGCUGUUUUCUUUUCAUCCCAUUUUGAUGACACUUGGGUGGAUGGUGUUUAUGACAUCAGCAAUUCAUGCUAUCUCUCCGGGUGAUGUGGCCACCCAGUGGAUGCCAAUACGAUUACGAAGUGCACGCCAUUGGAUUCUACAACUAGUUAGUAGUUCUAUAUUAUUAACAGGUUUUAUUGUUAUUUUAACAAAUAAGAUUCUUAACAAUGCUAAUCACUUUACUUCAUUCCAUGGUAGAUUUGGUUUGGCAUCUUUGAUUUUUAUGUCUAUUACCAUGUUAGGAGGCAUAGGUGCUUUAUACAGCCUUAAAUUGAAAAAUUAUCUCCCACCCUUAUACACCAAAUUAAUCCACACUGUGGUUGGUUUAAUCACAUAUUUCUUGGGGAUAACUACAAUUUGUCUUGGGUUUUUCUCAAACUGGUGGACCUUUGGAACAGUACUGACCUAUAUCUGUUUUACUUUGGUACUUAUAAGUAUGGCUGCCACUGUGUUAAGACCUGUUUGUAAAAUAUACUUUCGAGUGGCAGAAAGAUUUGAAUCCAAUUAAACAGGCUUCUAAGAUUUAUUGAAAAUGUAAUUUGUGAUAUUUUUAUUUAAGUUAAUCUUGUUAUGUACCUAUUUUAAAGUGUUUAUUUAAUUUUUUAUCCCAAAUUGUUUGGAGACCUUUGUAAGCGUUAUAUUAUUGUCUUCUGUAUGUGGUGCUCCUUAUAAGUUGACAAUAUGUUGUCUAUAAUUAUGCCUCAUGAAAUGUUAAAUAUAUUGUAUAUGUGUGCAACUUGAUAAUAAUAUAAUAUGUGUAAUAUGAUUGCAUUAUUGAUAGUAGACAAUAUUUUAUUCAAUGUCACAGGUGUAUGAUACACUAAACAUUCAGAUUUCAAAAAGGAUAACUUGGAGCAGGAGAAUAUUAAUUUAAGUACAAAAUAUGAAAUGAAUUUUAAUAAUUGUUACAGAAAUAUUGUGUUCAGGUAAUAGCAAAUAGUAUGUAUAUAAUGUAUAACUAUAAUCUUAUAGCUUUUUAUGUUUAAUUGCCACAAGUGUUUGUGAUGAAAUAGCAUUUUAGCGAGUAAUGUAGAUAAACACAUUCUUGGAUGUGCCAAACUAGUUCUGUCCCUUCCUAACAGUCACAAGUAUGUACCUCCUAGGUUUAAGGAUAUCUAAUACUUUUGCUACAUUAUUUAUUAGAUCUUAUUAACUACUUGUGUGGUUAAGAAAUGACAAACAUUAAAACAAAUUAUAUUAUAAUGUCAACUGUAAACAACAGCUUUUGUUAGUUUCAGUCCAAUAAGAAAUAUUUAAAAACAGAAAAAUCGUACAAUAAUCAUAUGGCCUCAAAUCAAAGGCCUCUUACUUUCUGAGAGGCUAAGAGACUGAAAGCUCUUGAGCUUAGAAAGCACAGAAAUUUUAUAUUUUCUUAUAUGUACAACCUUCAUACUUUUAAGUCUGUUUGUAUUAUAUUUUUAUUAACUACUUUUUAUGCUUUACACACAAGUUUUAUCUUACAAAUACUGUACUUUGAGAUAAGUAUAUUAUUCACUCAAUAAAUUUAUUAUUUUUAUAGGACCCAACUGUAUUUAUAGUGAAUAGGUGUUCAUAUGUAGCGUUGUUAGCGCAUGUGUAAGCUUCAUAUCGAAAUAUUAUCGGUGUCUAUUUACACUCUAAAAAAAAGAAAAUGUAUUUAUCGAACAAUAAACAAGUCGAAACUGCGA